AUGGUGGCCUCUUCGUCUUCCUCUGAUCAAUCACCGCCGCAGCACCAAGUCUUCAUCAAUUUCCGAGGGAUUCAGCUUCGGAACGGUUUCGUCAGCCAUCUAGCGAAAGCCUUGAGAAAAGAUGGAAUCAACGUCUUCAUCGAUAGUAACGAAACUAAAGGUAAAGAUCUCACCGUCUUUUUCUCGAGAAUCGAAGAGUCGAGGAUCGCGCUCGCGAUCUUCUCAAGCUUGUAUACGGAGUCAAAAUGGUGCUUGAACGAGCUGGAGAAGAUCAAGGAAUGCGUUGACUUAGGUAAACUUGAAGUCAUCCCCAUCUUCUACAAGGUGGAGACGGAUGAUGUGAAGAAUCUUAAGGGAGUGUUUGGUGAACAGUUUUGGGAAUUGGCUAAGACUUGUAAAGGUGAAAAGUUAGAUAAGUGGAGAGAAGCUUUAAAGACUGUUACAAAAAAACUAGGCUUUACGUUAGGCGAAAUGAGCAAUGAAGGUGAAUUCAUUGAUCAGAUUGUAAGGGAAGUCGUAAAAGUGCUAUCUGAUGUUUCGACGGAUCAAAUUAUUGUAGGAGAAGUCAAAGAAAUCCCCAUUGAUAAUCCUUGUGCAGGAGAUGAUGAAGAAACGCCUGACUCGCCUCCUCCUCCUCUGUUUGGCAUCGAAACACGUCUUAAACAAUUGGAAGAAAUGUUGGAUUUUGAAUCCGAGCGCACUCUUACGAUUGGUGUGGUUGGUAUGCCGGGUAUUGGUAAGACCACCUUGACGAAACUUCUGUAUGAAAAGUGGCAACACAAGUUCCUGCGGUGUGUAUUUCUUCAUGAUGUCCGUAAAAUGUGGAAAGACUGCGUGAUGGAUAGGAACAUUCUCAUGAGAGAGUUGUUGAAGGAUGAUGACGUGAAGGAAGAAGUCACUGACCUGUCACCUGAAUCCUUGAAGGCACUCCUGCUCAGUAAGAAAUCUCUUGUUGUUCUUGAUAAUGUGAGUGACAAGAAACAGAUUGAGAUUCUUCUUGGCGAAUGCGACUGGAUUAAGAAGGGUAGCAGAAUCUUUAUCACGACUAGCGACAGAUCGGUGAUUGCAGGGAAGGUUGAUGACACAUGUGAAGUCCUGAGAUUGAGUGGCAGAGACAGCUUUCAGUACUUCAGCUAUUUUGCCUUUAGUGGUAAGCUCUGCACUCCGGAGGGAAAUUUCAUGAAUCUUUCUAGAUUGUUUGCUGAUUAUGCCAAAGGCAACCCAUUAGCUCUCAAGAUAUUGGGUGUUGAGCUUAAUGAAAAAGACGAGACUCACUGGGAAAAAAAGCUUUGCGAGCUGGCACAAAGUCCUAAUAAGACUAUACAAGAUGUCUUGCAGAUAAGCUAUGAUGGACUUGGCCAGCUUCAAAAAGAUGUGUUUCUCGAUGUCGCUUGUUUCUUUAGAUCAGGGGAUGAGUAUUACGUGAGGUGUUUGGUGGAGUCUUGUGACACUGUGAGUGAGAUAAAAGAUCUUGCCAGUAAAUUCUUGAUAAACAUUUCUGGCGGACGAGUUGAGAUGCAUGAUUUACUGUAUACAUUUGGCAAGGAACUUGGUGCACAAGGGUCGCGUAGGCUGUGGAACCAUAAAGGUGUUGUUGGUGCAUUGAAGAAAAGAGCGGGAGCAGACAGUGUGAGAGGUAUUUUUCUCGACAUGUCUGAACUGAAGAAGAAACUUCCUUUAGAAAAAUGUACCUUCAGCGGGAUGCGUAAUCUUAGGUACCUCAAAUUCUAUAAUUCUAGUUGCUAUCGGGAAUGCGAAGCAGACUGUAAACUAAACUUCCCUGAGGGCCUUGAGUUUCCGUUGGAUGAAGUCCGAUAUCUCUAUUGGCUGAAAUUCCCUUUGAAGAAGCUUCCAAAAGACUUCAAUCCUAAGAAUCUUACCGACCUUAACCUGCCUUACAGCGAGAUUGAAGAGGUCUGGGAGGGUGUUAAGGAUACACCGAAAUUAAAGUGGGUUGAUCUUAGUAACUCAAGUAAGUUAUGCAAGUUGUCAGGGUUGCGAAAUGCUGAAAGUCUCCAAAGAUUGAAUCUUGAAGGUUGCACGAGCUUGCAGGAGUUGCCCCAGGAGAUGAAACGUAUGAAAAGUCUUAUUUUCCUCAACAUGAGAGGAUGCACAAGUCUCCUGUUUCUUCCACAUAUGAAUCUGAUCUCAUUGAAAACUCUCAUCCUCACCAACUGCUCAAGUCUUCAGGAAUUUCGGGUGAUUUCGGAUAAUCUUGAAACUCUACACUUAGAUGGAACUGCCAUAAGUCAACUUCCUGCGAACAUGGUGAAGCUCCAAAGACUUAUUGUGUUGAGCUUGAAAGACUGCAAAAAGUUGGUGUCGGUUCCAGAAUGCCUGGGGAAGCUGAAAGCUCUGCAAGAACUGGUGCUAUCUGGUUGUUCAAAGCUCAAGACUUUUCCAGUUCCCAUUGAAAACAUGAAAUGCUUGCAGAUUUUAUUGCUCGACGGCACAACAAUUACAGACAUGCCGAAGAUAUUGCAGUUCAAUAGAUCAAAAGUGGAAGACUUACCUAACUUAAGACAUGGGAUGAACGGCUUAUCCUCGUUGCGACGUUUGUGCUUAAGCAAGAACGAGAUGAUCAGCAACCUGCAAAUCGACAUCAGUCAACUAUCUCAUCUGAAAUGGCUUGACUUAAAGUACUGCAAGAAUCUCACAUCAAUUCCAUUGCUCCCACCAAAUUUAGAGAUCUUAGAUGCACAUGGCUGUGAGAAGCUGAAAACAGUGGCGUCUCCCAUGGCCCUUCUUAAGCUUAUGGAGCAGGUUCAGUCUAAAUUCAUUUUCACCAACUGCAACAAUCUGGAAGAAGUUGCAAAGAAUAGCAUCACGUCAUAUGCUCAAAGAAAAAGCCAGCUAGAUGCACUUAGAUGCUAUAAAGAGGGCAAUGUUUCAGAAGCUUUGCUCAUCACUUCCUUUCCAGGAAGCGAAGUACCUUCAUGGUUCAACCAUCGCACAAUUGGAUCCACUUUAGAGCUGAAGUUUCCGCCACAUUGGUGUGACAACAGGCUUUCAACGUUAGUUCUAUGCGCUGUUGUCGCAUUUCCUUACACUCAAGAAGAAACCAGCCGUUUCUCGAUACAGUGCACUUGUGAGUUCAAAAACGAACUUGGGACAUGUUUACGUAUCACCUGCGUUAUCGGUGGAGGUUGGAUCGAAUCGCGCAAGAUUGAUUCGGACCAUGUGUUUAUCGGUUACGCCAGUUGCUCACACAUAACAAAUCAUGUAGAAGGGUCGUUGAAGUCGCGAGACAAUCAGAAAUGUGUUCCUACAAAGGCUUCAGUCGACUUCAAAGUGAGAGAUGGAACAGGUGAGAUUGUGAAUUGUGGUUUAAGUUUGGUGUACGAGGAACCAAACCAUGUCGUUAUUGAAGGUAAUUGUAAUGAAAAUACUUCAAGAAGAGAUUUGUCAAUUGGAGAGAGUAUAGUGAGCUUUGCAGCUGGGCUUUUGUCCGAUGUUUUGAGGUUUGUGUGGAUCGGUCUUGUAUUCUUUUUGGCUUAUGGGUUUGCUAGAUUUUUUCAUUAA